AUGGUGAACAUCAGAAGGGAUAAUCUCAUCAUCACUCCACACACCCGUGUAUGCAGUCGACACUUUACAGCGCAAGAUGUCAAAGAGCCGAGUAAGGAAGGCAAGAGGAGGCGGCUGAGACCCGGCGCCGUUCCACUUUUAUUUCCGUGGAACAACUUUUCUCUUGGUGAGAGAAGACUUUCUGUGUGGGAACGCACAGCUAGAGAACCAGAGAAUGUGGAAACUGGGGAACCAGAUUGUGCACACGAUCACGACUACUGCGUGGGUCCGGAUCCUGCCGUUGUGGACAGUGUGCUGGAGGAAAAGCAGAGGCUACGAGAGGAAGUCGCUCCACUAAGGCAGCAGCUGGAGCAGAUGUUCCUGUCACGUUUCGGGAUACAGCGAUUUGAUGGGUCCGAUGUGGACAUUCGUUUUUUCACCCGGUUUGCAUCUUAUGACCACCUGAUGCGGUUUUGGCAGGUCAUUCAACCAUCACUGAAAUACAUGGUCCGAGCGACCAGCUUAACUGCUGAUGAUGCUGGACGACUGAGUGCUCCCACGGGACAGGCUCUACACCCAAUAGAUGAGAUGUUCCUGUUCCUGAACUACCCGGCCCUUGUACUAAAGCAGAGGGACCUGGCUGACCGCUAUCAAAUCCACCAAUCUACUAGAAUCUGGAUGACACAAGAGAGGAUCCGGGAGUACCUACCUGUAGAGUUCAGAGACUAUGCUGACACCACUGUGGUUCUGGACUGCACUGAGCUGAGGUGCCAAACCCCUUCUUCUCCCUUGCUACAGAGUGAGGUCUACUCAAACUACAAGUCCCACUGCACCCUGAAAGGAAUGACUGGUAUAGCACCACUGUAA